UUCUGAUAUUGUGCCUCAAAAUAUUUCUACCAAAGCAAAGGCAAGUAACCUCCUCCCGCAUUCGAUAUGAGAGCAAUCGUCGUACUCUUCGUUGGAAUUCUCUGUGCUUUAUGUCUUUUCCAUUCGACCAAGGCAGCACCGGCUGAGACAGCUGCCUUGAAAGUGCAGUACAAAGAACUAGAAUCGGCAGCUGCGGGUGUGGAAGCUGCACCAGAGUUGAAUCGACAAAAACGUGCCACUUGUGAUUUGCUCAGCGGCUUCGGCGUAAAUCACAGCGCCUGUGCGCUACAUUGCUUGCUGCGUGGCAAACGUGGUGGUUACUGCGAUGGACGUGGUGUAUGCAAUUGCCGUUAAGAAAAUAUUAAAAAAAAAAUUGUUAUUGUAAUUUUAUGAAAUGUUUUUGACAAUCCUCGAAAGCGUGUUAAAAUAAACAAGGCAAUGAAUUAAAAUAUAUUCAAAGAAAUGAAAAAGAAAUUAUAAA